CUAACGAGGAUAAAUAUAGACACCUUUUUUUUGCUUCUGGUGUCUUCUUCGGUAUCUGCUGAGUCUAUCGAGUCCUUUCCUCCCUUUCCCCGCUUCCUCUAGCGCCCUCCCUUGGCUUCCUGUAUCUACAUCCCGCAUCCUGCAGGCAGCAGCACCUUUGAGGCCUUUUCAUCAUGUGGACCUACUACUACGUGGACUUUCGCCACAUCCUCAGGCUCCGUUGUGUACCAGUAUUGCACGCUACGUUCGGUGUUUUUGCAAUCAAUGUGUAUUCUACUUUUGGACUCUGCUGUCAAUUGUAUCACGACCACGGCCACUGCACACCCACGCAAAUCACCACAACCCCUCCGACUUGCUACAAUCAACAUCAAGACUAUCGGACACCUCGACACCACCCGCCGCCGCCACCACCAUACCCCAAACGGGCAUAUGACAGACUAUUUCCAGGAUUUCUCAAAAGAACAAUCGAGUCCUUGUUGAAUGGUGCCAAUACUCUGCAGGCGGACGGGAGUGAUGAUAUCAUUAUGUUCUACUUACCAGCGGCAAUGGUAGAAUUUGUCCUCCAGCACUGUAUAUGUGCGGAUGAACAUUCCCCACAUGCUCACAUAAGAGUGUCCCAUAUCUCGGACCCUACGGUUGACACCACCAAUACCAUCAACUCCCUCGACCUCCACCACGAUUUUCUCCCCAGCCGCACCUCAUACACCCCAAAGGUCACUUCGACGGCACCACGCAGACCACCUGGCCUCCUUGUGUAUUCUUGGCCGCUGAAGAUCAAGAACAACGAGAACAGCAAGACAAAGAUUGGUGCUACCGCUCAGCUAGUCAAACAAUUGCACGUGGACGUAGAAUAGAGGUACGAUGAGGAGUGGAAAGGUGAUGUGAUGGCCAGUAUCGUUACCAUGCAUCAUGUUGCGACGGGAGCCUGCGAACCCAAUCUGCGAUAUAUGUAGCGACACCUUACAUGUAACUUACUUGCACUAAUAAAUAUUCACAUUGAGGGUUAU